GAAGGGCCAGUGCAGCGCCGCCACCGCCGGCAACUUUGUGAGCGAGUUCAGUACGCGCGUGAGCAAGUGAGCGGAAAGGAGAGCGCGGGGACGACGCACCACGGACGCGCGGCGGCACCAGGAAGCCCAGGCCAAGCGGUACUUUUCAGAUGGUUGCAGGCUGCCCAGAAAACUGCUGUAGUGAAACUUCAAGAAGGUGAAUUCCAGGAGAAGCAUGGGAUUAUGGCAACCACAGAAGCUCAGUGAUGAAAGUUCUGUUCAGUCUUUUCUGAAGGAAGCCUUCUGUUAGAGUGAAGCACAGGAACUGUUGUGGAUUACAAUGUGUGAAAGAUCUGGAUUUUCAGUGGUCUGAAAACACGGCAUCAUUUAACCUUUUAAAUGAAAAGGCUUAAGAUCUCAAUGCUACUGCUGUAUUUUUUGGAAGCCAUUCUCUAAAGCAGAAGUGCAGAUUUCAAACACAAACAUGGCGAUCCUUUCUGCAGGGAUUUAAGUGAUUGCUUUUUACAUCAUGACCAGCUUGAAGCGGUCGCAGACGGAAAGGCCUGUCACUGCUGACAGAGCCUCUGUUGUCAGCACAGAGGGCACCCCCAAAGUUCACACUGAUGACUUCUACAUGCGUCGCUUCCGGUCUCAAAAUGGCAGCUUAGGAUCAUCAGUCAUGGCUGCAGUAGGGCCCCCACGAAGUGAAGGUCCUCACCAUAUAACCUCAACCCCCGGGGUCCCCAAGAUGGGGGUUAGAGCAAGAAUUGCAGAUUGGCCCCCAAGAAAGGAAAAUGUAAAAGAAUCUAGCCGUUCAAGCCAGGAACUAGAAACCUCAAGUUGCCUUGAGAGCCUGUCUUCCAAAGGCAGUCCUGUGAGUCAGGGAAGUUCUGUUAGCCUCAACUCCAAUGACUCAGCCAUGCUCAAGAGCAUACAGAACACCCUGAAGAACAAGACGGGGCCAGCGGAGAACAUGGACUCCAGAUUCCUCAUGCCCGAAGCCUACCCCAGUUCCCCCAGGAAAGCCCUUCGCAGAAUCCGGCAGCGCAGCAACAGUGAUAUCACCAUAAGUGAACUUGAUGUGGAUAGCUUUGAUGAAUGUAUCUCCCCCACCUACAAGUCGGGGCCGUCAUUGCACAGGGAAUACGGUAGCACAUCUUCAAUCGACAAGCAGGGAACAUCCGGAGAAAGCUUCUUCGAUUUGUUAAAGGGCUACAAAGAUGACAGAUCUGACCGAGGUCCUACUCCAACCAAACUCAGUGACUUUCUUAUCACUGGUGGGGGCAAGGGUUCUGGUUUCUCCUUGGAUGUGAUCGAUGGGCCCAUCUCACAGAGAGAGAACCUCAGGCUUUUCAAGGAAAGGGAAAAACCACUCAAGCGACGCUCUAAGUCAGAAACUGGAGACUCCUCCAUUUUUCGUAAAUUACGCAAUGCCAAAGGUGAAGAACUCGGGAAGUCAUCGGACCUUGAAGACAACAGAUCAGAAGACUCCGUGAGGCCCUGGACAUGUCCAAAGUGCUUUGCUCACUAUGAUGUCCAGAGCAUAUUAUUUGACUUGAAUGAAGCCAUUAUGAAUAGGCACAAUGUGAUUAAGAGAAGAAACACCACCACGGGAGCCUCAGCGGCUGCCGUGGCCUCCUUGGUCUCGGGACCUUUGUCUCACUCAGCCAGCUUCAGCUCUCCUAUGGGAAGCACAGAGGACCUCAAUUCCAAAGGAAGCCUUGGCAUGGACCAAGGAGAUGACAAAAGCAAUGAACUCGUCAUGAGCUGUCCAUAUUUUCGGAAUGAGAUCGGUGGAGAAGGUGAGAGGAAGAUCAGCCUGUCUAAGUCAAAUUCUGGCUCCUUUAGUGGGUGUGAAAGUGCCUCCUUCGAGUCCACCCUGAGCACUCAUUGCACGAAUGCAGGAGUGGCGGUUCUGGAAGUGCCCAAGGAAAGCUUGGUGUUGCAUCUAGACAGAGUGAAGCGGUACACCGUGGAGCACGUGGAUCUCGGAGCAUACUAUUAUAGGAAGUUCUUCUACCAGAAAGAACACUGGAACUAUUUUGGGGCUGAUGAGAAUCUUGGUCCAGUGGCUGUGAGCAUCCGAAGGGAAAAACCAGAGGAAAUGAAAGAAAAUGGAUCUCCAUACAACUACCGAAUAAUUUUUAGAACUAGUGAGCUCAUGACGCUGAGAGGAUCUGUCCUGGAGGAUGCCAUCCCCUCCACAGCCAAGCACUCAACAGCCAGAGGACUGCCUCUGAAGGAGGUGUUGGAGCAUGUGAUCCCAGAGCUCAACGUGCAGUGCCUGCGUCUGGCCUUCAACACACCCAAGGUCACGGAGCAGCUGAUGAAGCUGGACGAGCAAGGGCUGAACUAUCAGCAGAAAGUGGGCAUCAUGUACUGCAAAGCAGGCCAGAGCACGGAGGAAGAGAUGUACAAUAAUGAGUCUGCGGGCCCAGCCUUUGAGGAAUUCCUUCAACUGCUGGGAGAACGAGUUCGGCUAAAAGGAUUUGAGAAAUAUCGCGCACAGCUUGACACCAAAACUGACUCCACGGGGACCCACUCUCUGUACACAACCUACAAAGACUACGAAAUUAUGUUCCACGUCUCCACCAUGCUGCCCUACACGCCCAACAACAAGCAACAGCUCCUGAGGAAGCGGCACAUCGGAAACGACAUUGUGACAAUAGUUUUCCAAGAGCCUGGAGCGCAACCAUUUAGCCCUAAAAACAUCCGCUCUCACUUUCAGCAUGUUUUUGUCAUUGUCCGGGCUCACAACCCCUGCACCGAGAGUGUCUGUUACAGCGUGGCAGUCACCAGGUCCAGAGAUGUGCCUUCUUUUGGACCUCCCAUCCCUAAAGGGGUCACCUUCCCCAAGUCACACGUGUUCAGGGACUUCCUUUUGGCCAAAGUGAUUAACGCAGAAAACGCUGCUCACAAAUCCGAAAAGUUCCGGGCCAUGGCAACCAGGACCCGCCAGGAAUAUCUGAAAGAUCUGGCAGAAAAGAAUGUCACCAACACACCCAUCGACCCUUCCGGCAAGUUUCCGUUCAUUUCUCUGGCCUCCAAGAAGAAGGAGAAGUCUAAGCCUUAUCCGGGAGCGGAGCUCAGCAGCAUGGGGGCCAUUGUGUGGGCCAUUCGGGCCAAAGACUACAGCAAGGCCAUGGAGUUUGACUGCCUCCUGGGAAUCUCCAACGAGUUCAUUGUCCUCAUUGAGCAGGAGACAAAGAGUGUGGCUUUCAAUUGCUCCUGCAGAGAUGUCAUAGGGUGGACCUCCAGUGACACUAGCCUCAAAAUCUUCUACGAGCGGGGAGAGUGCGUGUCAGUGGAGAGCUUCCUUAGUGAGGAUAUCAAAGAAAUUGUCAAAAGGCUGCAGUUUGUUUCAAAAGGCUGUGAAUCAGUGGAGAUGACUCUGCGAAGAAACGGGCUCGGACAGCUUGGCUUCCAUGUCAACUAUGAGGGCAUCGUGGCGGAUGUAGAGCCCUACGGCUAUGCGUGGCAAGCAGGUCUGAGACAGGGCAGCCGCCUGGUGGAGAUCUGUAAGGUGGCGGUGGCCACCCUGAGCCACGAGCAGAUGAUCGACCUCUUGAGAACGUCUGUCACAGUGAAAGUUGUCAUCAUCCCUCCCCAUGAGGACUGCACCCCACGGAGGAGUUGCUCAGAAACCUACCGCAUGCCAGUGAUGGAGUACAAGAUGAAUGAAGGUGUUUCCUAUGAGUUCAAGUUUCCCUUCCGGAAUAAUAACAAAUGGCAGCGGAAUGCCAAUAAGGGUGCCCACUCGCCCCAGGUUCCAUCCCAGCUGCAGAGUCCCAUGACCUCACGGCUGAAUGCUGGAAAGGGAGACGGGAAAAUGGCCCCUCCAGAAAGAGCUGCCAACAUUCCUCGAAGCAUCUCCAGUGAUGGGCGCCCACUGGAAAGGAGGCUGUCUCCUGGCUCGGACAUCUAUGUGACCGUCUCAUCCAUGGCUCUGGCAAGAUCCCAGUGCCGUAAUUCCCCCAGCAACCUGUCUUCAUCCAGUGAGACUGGCUCCGGGGGUGGCACUUACAGACAAAAAUCCAUGCCCGAAGGAUUUGGGGUGAGCCGAAGAUCCCCAGCUUCCAUCGACAGGCAGAACACCCAGUCAGAUAUUGGUGGCAGUGGAAAAUCCACACCCAGCUGGCAAAGAAGUGAGGACAGCAUUGCCGACCAGAUGGAGCCUACAUGCCAUCUCCCAGCAGUAUCAAAGGUACUGCCAGCUUUCAGAGAGAGCCCCAGCGGGAGAUUAAUGCGGCAGGAUCCAGUGGUUCACUUGUCUCCGAACAAACAAGGCCAUUCUGACAGCCACUACUCCAGCCACUCCAGCAGCAACACCCUCUCCAGCAACGCAUCGAGUGCCCACAGUGACGAGAAGUGGUAUGACGGGGACCGCACGGAAUCCGAGCUCAACAGCUAUAACUACCUGCAGGGCACCUCUGCUGACAGCGGCAUCGACACCACCUCGUAUGGCCUCAGCCACGGCAGCACGGCCUCCCUGGGCGCCACCUCGUCACCUCGUUCGGGGCCAGGCAAAGAGAAGGUGGCCCCCCUGUGGCACAGCUCCAGUGAAGUGCUGUCCUUGGCAGAUCGGACCUUAGAGACUGAGGGCCAUGGCAUGGACAGGAAAGCAGAGUCUUCCCUGAGCCUGGACAUCCACAGCAAGAGCCAGGGCGGCUCAAGCCCGCUGACCAGGGAGAACAGCACCUUCAGCAUAAAUGAUGCUGCGUCACACACCAGCACCAUGAGCUCCCGACACUCUGCCAGCCCAGUGGUGUUCUCCAGUGCCAGAAGUUCACCAAAAGAGGAGCUUCACCCCACCUCAUCCUCCCAGCUCGUGCCCUCCUUCUCCUCCUCUUCCUCAUCCUCCUCUGGGCCUAGGACUUUCUACCCCCGCCAGGGUGCCACUAGCAAGUACCUGAUUGGAUGGAAAAAGCCAGAAGGAACCAUCAACUCCGUGGGAUUUAUGGAUACAAGAAAACGUCAUCAGAGUGAUGGUAAUGAGAUGGCGCACACGAGGCUUCGAGCCUCAACCAGGGACCUGCGAGCAUCCCCAAAGCCAACCUCUAAGUCCACCAUUGAGGAGGAUCUAAAGAAACUCAUCGACCUUGAGAGCCCAACUCCCGAAUCACAGAAGAAUUUCAAGUUCCACGCACUGUCCUCCCCGCAAUCCCCGUUUCCCUCCACCCCGACCUCCCGGCGGGCUCUGCACAGGACUCUGUCAGACGAGAGCAUUUAUAGCAGCCAGAGGGAGCACUUCUUCACCUCCAGGGCUUCGCUUCUGGACCAAGCCCUGCCCAAUGAUGUCCUCUUCAGCAGCACCUACCCAUCUCUUCCCAAGUCGCUUCCACUGAGGAGGCCAUCCUACACCUUGGGAAUGAAGUCGUUGCAUGGAGAGUUCUCUGCCUCGGACAGCUCCCUCACCGACAUCCAGGAGACCCGAAGGCAGCCUAUCCCUGACCCUGGCCUGAUGCCCCUGCCUGACACUGCCGCGGACUUGGACUGGUCAAACCUAGUAGAUGCCGCCAAAGCCUAUGAGGUCCAGAGAGCCUCAUUUUUUGCUGCUAGUGAUGAAAACCAUCGCCCCCUGAGUGCGGCCUCCAACAGCGACCAGCUAGAGGAGCAGGGCCUGGUCCAAAUGAAGUCGUACAGCAGUAAGGACUCCUCUCCCACUCUGGCUUCCAAAGUGGACCAGUUGGAAGGUAUGCUGAAGAUGCUUCGAGAGGAUCUGAAGAAGGAAAAGGAAGACAAGGCCCACCUCCAGGCAGAGGUUCAGCACCUGCGUGAAGACAACCUGCGGCUGCAGGAGGAAUCCCAGAAUGCCUCGGACAAGCUGAAGAAGUUCACAGAGUGGGUCUUCAACACCAUAGACAUGAGCUAGGGCGGCUGAGGGGAGAGGCGGGCCGGGCUGCCCCCUGCGGCCACCCGAGAGCACCCGUUCUCGCCUUGGAAAGCAUUCUCAGAGUCCUCAGCUUCCCACCCCGCCCCUGUCGGACAGUGCACAACACAGCGGUUGCAGAUCAACAGUCAUAAUCUGCCUUUUAUAGAAAAGGAAAACAAAAAAAAUUAAAUAAAAAUUUUAAAAAAGGAAAAUAAAAGUUUAACUGCUAAAA